UGCCAUGGGCCGCUACCGCAUCCGCGUGGCCACCGGGGCCGCACUCUUCGCUGGGUCGCACGACCGCGUGCAGCUGUGGCUGGUCGGGGCGCGCGGGGAGACGGAGCUGGAGCUGCAGCUGUUGCCGGCGCGGGGCCAGGUCAGCGGGCGGAGCGGGGACAGACCCCGGCCGGGACGCGGGAGGCCGGCGAGGGGCGGGAUCUGAGGGCGAAACGACUGCGGAACCGUGCCUGCUGGGACUUGCAGGUGUUGGGACGCCCGGGCGGCUGGGCCAGGAGGAUCGGGGGCCAGGACCCGGGCUGAGCGCACACCCCUUCUCCCUUCCCGCCGGCCCUGGUCCUCGCAGCCUCCAACUCCUUCUCCAAAUGACCCCAGGCCAGUGUCAAUAUAGGAUCAGAAGUCAAGUGGGACGCUCGUAGGAAUGAGGGAGCGGGGAGAGCUCAGUUAAAGGACCGAUGAAGGUGCUGAGACUCAGACAUCAAUUCAAGACACUGCGGGCCACGCGCCGCGCUCCCUCUUCCUCCCGGUGCGAUGGGGCGUCAGACACACCGCGCAAAUGUCCGGAGGAGGGAACGAGGGAGGCUGUCUUUGGAGGCCUUGUCAACGGAGGCUCCACAAAGGAGGAGGAGUUUGAGCAUGACAUUCCCGAGGACUUGGGGCCACUGCAGUUCGUGAAGCUGCGCAAACACCACUCCCUGGUGGACAACGCGUGGUUCUGCGACCACAUUACGGUGCAGGGCCCUGUAGCCUUCGAGGAGGCCGCCUUCCCGUGCUACUGCUGGGUGCAGGCCGACAGCGUGCUGUGCCUGCCCGAGGGCACCGCCUGCCUGGCAGGAAACAACGCAUCGGACGUGUUCCAGAAACAUCGAGAGCAGGAACUCAAAGAAAGACGUCAGAUAUACUGCUGGGCCACAUGGAAGGAAGGGUUACCCCUGACAAUGGCUGCGGGCUGUGAGGACGAUCUACCUGCAAAUAUGAGAUUCCACGAGGAGAAGAGGCUGGACUUUGAGUGGACACUGAAGGCAGGGGCUCUGGGGAUGGUCCUCAAACGCGUUUACACCCUCCUGAGAUCCUGGAACCGCGUGGAGGAUUUUGAUCACAUCUUCUGGGGCCAGAAGAGUAUCCUGGCUGAGAAGGUUCGCCAACGCUGGCAGGACGAUGAAUUGUUUGGCUACCAGUUCCUCAAUGGUGCCAAUCCCAUGCUGCUGAGACGCUGCACCUCUCUGCCCUCCCGGCUAGUGCUGCCCUCGGGGAUGGAGGAGCUACAGGCCCAGCUGGAGAAAGAACUCCAGAACAGUUCCCUGUUUGAGGCUGAUUUCAUUCUCCUGGAUGGAAUUCCAGCCAAUGUGAUCCAAGGAGAGAAGCAGUACCUGGCUGCCCCCCUCGUCAUGCUGAAGAUGGACACCAGUGGGAAGCUGCUACCCAUGGUCAUCCAGAUCCAGCCUCCCAGCCCCAGCUCCCCGACCCCACCACUGUUCCUGCCCUCAGAUCCUCCACUUGCCUGGCUCCUGGCAAAGUCCUGGGUCCGAAAUUCAGAUUUCCAACUGCACCAGCUCCAAUAUCAUCUGCUGAACACCCACAUGCUGGCUGAGGUCAUUGCUGUGGCCACCAUGAGGUGCCUCCCAGGGCUGCACCCUGUCUUCAAGCUCCUGAUCCCACACAUCCGCUACACGAUAGAAAUCAACACCCGGGCACGGACCCAACUCAUCUCAGAUGGAGGUGUAUUUGAUAAGGCAGUGAGCACCGGUGGAGGGGGCCACGUGCACUUGCUCCACCGGGCCCUGGCUCAGCUGACCUACUGCUCCCUCUGUCCUCCCAACAAUCUGGCUGACCGCGGCCUGCUGGGAACCCCGGGUGCUCUCUAUGCCCACGACGCUUUACAACUCUGGGAGAUCACUGCCCGGUACGUGGAGGGGAUCAUCCACCUUUUCUACAGCGGGGAUGACGUCGUGAGAGGGGACCCUGAGCUGCAGGCCUGGUGUCGGGAGAUCACUGAGGUGGGGCUGUGCCAGGCCCAGGACCGAGGUUUCCCCAUCUCCUUCCAGUCCCAGAAUCAACUCUGCCAUUUCCUUACCAUGUGUGUCUUCACGUGCACUGCUCAGCAUGGGGCCAUCAACCAGGGCCAGCUGGACUGGUAUGCCUGGGUCCCUAAUGCCCCAUGCACAAUGCGGAUGCCCCCACCUACCACCAAGGAAGAUGUGACAAUGGCCACGGUGAUGGGCUCACUACCUGAUGUCCGACAGGCCUGUCUUCAAAUGGUCAUCACAUGGCAUCUGGGGCGCCGCCAGCCAGACAUGGUGCCUCUGGGGCAUCACAGAGAAAAGUAUUUCUCAGACCCCAAGGCCAAGUCUGUACUAAACCAAUUCCAAACAGAUCUGGAAAACUUGGAAAGGGAGAUUACAGCCCGGAAUGAGCAACUUGACCUGCCCUAUGAAUACCUAAAGCCCAGCCACAUAGAGAACAGCAUCACUAUCUGAGCUCUGGGAUGCCCCCACCGGGAAGACUGCAGAUCAGCUCUGGGACUGACAGUUCCAUAUUGAAUUUCAUGGUUUCCUAGUCUCUGCUGCAGAGGCUCUAUUUCCUCCCCCAAUUAAACCCCCUACAUCUGCAUCCCAUGAGCCCAAGGGCCUUUACUUUUCUGUAAAGGGCCUGAUAAUAUGUUAGGCUUUGUAGGCCACACAGUCUGUCACAGCUACUCAACUCUCUUGUUGUAGCACAGAAGCAGCCACAGGCAACGUGUAAAUGAAUGCUGUGUUCCAAUAAAACUUUAUUUAC